UCCCCUUUCUUCCUUCCUUCUGUCCUUCCUUCCUCCCUCCCUCCUUCUUUCCUUCCUUCCUCCCUUCCUUCCUUUCCUUCCUCCCUUCCUCCCUCCCUCCUUCAGACUGCAGCUCUUUUCUCAGGAUUCCUCCCACCACCAGCAGCAGCAGGGAGGAUGAAGAUAACUCAUCCUCCCAGUGUCACCAGUUUCCCAAGCUCCCUCCACCCCCCCCCUCCUCCCAGUCUCAGCCUGGGGUCUCACCAGUUAAACCCAGCAGAGGAAUAUUCUCCCAGUCAGACUGACGGUCUCGGUGGUCAGAAAGUGUUGAAGCAGCCACGCGAUCUGAAACCACAGAAGAAGAAUCGUCUUUCAUCUGAAAACAAGGCGGCACGCAGGUGGAGGGGAAUUCACUGUCAAAGAGCGGAGCAGGAAGAUGAGCUUGAGAGGAGACACAAAGAGAGAGAUUGCAUCCUUUGUGACAGAGAAGAAGCUCAAGUUACAAGAAACCAACAAAGUCUCAGCAAACUGGAAUGUGAAGCUAUGCAGGCCCUCAGGCAGCAGCUGGAGGCCCUUCAGCAGCAGUUUGAGCACAGAGAGACGUGUUGGUCUGUAGUUGAACACCAGCUGGAGACGCUGAGCAGAGAGAACUGUGAGCUGAGGGAGAAACUCACAGUGAGGCAACAGUGCUGCCUAUUGGCCGGAAGAUGUAUUACACCAACACACACUGACACCCAGGAGCAACUGGAAGAG